AAACACUGCAGUCAUAAUGUAGAGUUUAAGAAGGUUGGAGGAGCUCCCCCCGAGUUGAUCCUCGUAGGGAAAGGUGGAGAGGAACUGGAGAGGAUUGAGUUGGAGCACAAGAACCGUGAAGAAUGCAACCAGUUAUUGACUCAGAGAGGGUUUUAUAAGAAGUCAGAAGCCAGUGAAGAAGUCCCAGAAGAGUUUAGACAGGGUCCCUACAAACUUAAGGAAGAGCUUUAAUUAUGAAAAUAUAAGUUUUAUUUAUCUGUGCCAUUUUUGUAGAAAACACAACAGCAAUAUUUUUUACUCAUGUUUGGAAGAUUUUCUUGAAACAAUACAUGUACUAAAUGUAUAUUGCUUUUAGUGCAUUAUUGAAUUUAAUUUUCUUAAACAAAUACAUGUAAAUGUAUAUGAUUUUUUUUAAAAAAAAGUCAGAGAAUAUUAUUUAUUUUGAAAUUUGAAUUCAUUUCUUAAAUAUUACUUUGCUAUUUUAUACAAGCCACAAAUGACAGCAAUAUUUUUUACCAUAGAUUACCAAAGUCUAUUUUUUUUCUUCUUUUUUUUUCAUUAAAAUUUAUAAUUAAAUAUUAUACAUACUCUGAUCAUUUUUUUUUUGAGAAAUGCUUUCAUAAAGAUAUCUCUUCAAAUAUAUUAUUUUUUGAGUAUAUCAAAGUAAAAAUUGCUUUAAGAUAUUCAGUGAAAAAAAAACCCACUAUGCAUGUUGACGGAAUACUGUAAAUAUACUGUAUCUUGUGUCAUAGCUUUGCUAUAAAUGGAUUGAACUAGUUUUAAAGACUAGAUAUCUUCUUUGAAUUUCAAACACAGACAAGAUUUUAUGAAGUCUUUGACCAAAACUUGUGCGGUCUCUGAUGGAACCUCAACUUUCUAGGUUUAGAAGUUCAAUGAUUUUGAUAUUUAGUUUUUAAACUCAUUAGUUCAACAUAUUGUGAUACUGAAUUUUAUCCUUUUAUUUUCAAAUAAAGAUUUACCGUUUA